AUGACAAGCUAUCUGGCGUCGUACAUUCCCGCCAUCAAAUCGAUCCUCCCACAGGCGUCGCCAUCAGUCGCUUCACUGCCAGAGAUUGGCGAUGCGGCUCCAGCACCAGUCGGCUCGGUAGACCUGACACGCGGCAAUGGCACACCUACUCUUGUGGCCUUCGUACGGCACUGCGGCUGCCCGUUUGCAGAGAAAGAGAUACAAUUGCUCGGAGCCGAGACUCGCAAGCAUGAGAAGCUGCAUGUGGUAAUUGUACAACACAGCGACGAAGCCACCACAAAACAAUGGUUUGAAGAUGUUGGCGUAGUGNGCAACAAAGCAUUCCCAGACUCAACUCGCUAUACCCUCGUCACAGACCCUGAACGCAAGAGCUAUGCAGCAUGGGGCGUUGGAUCACUAGGCUGGACCGGCAUGGUCAAUGGCGAUAUUAUGGGAUCGUUGAAGUCGCUGAAAGAGUCGGAUGGCAUCGAUAUGAGACCUACGGGUGUAGGAGCAUAUAGGUGGCAGAACUCUGGCGGAUUCGCAAUUGAUGGUGAAGGCAAGAUUCGAUGGAGGAAGAUUGCCAAGGACUCUUCUGAUGUGUGUGAUUAUGCCGAGGCGGCCAAUACCUUUGUAAAUGGCAAGGCUUCCGUACAGACACAGAGUCGUUUGUAG